CGACUAUGGCUCGCCGUCUCUCUUCCUUUUCCUCUCGCCGAACCUACUCUCUCUUUCUCUCUCUAGCUGCACUAAAAUCGGACCUCCCCUCCCCUCGUGUAUUCUCUCUCUACUUAAAGCUAAAAUCUUGCUUCUGACCGUUUGCACAUCACUCACUCCCUCUCUUCCUCUCUCCCUCUGCGCGAACCCAACGUCGUCGUUUUUUCUCCUCCUCGUCGUUCCGCCACUGUGAUGUGAGUGCACCUCCGGCGAACGCGCUCGGCCGCCGGCGAAGAAGAAGAAGAAGAAGAAGAAGAAGAAGGACGGGAGGAAUGGCGUACAUGUGCGCCGACAGCGGGAACCUCAUGGCCAUCGCCCAGCAAGUCAUCAAGCAGAAGCAGCAGCAGGAGCAGCAGCAGCAGAACCAGCAGCAGAACCCGCACCACCACCACCACCACCACCACCACCCCCACCACCACCACCAGCACCACCUCCUCUUGGGCAUCAACUCCUUCGCCCUCAGCAGUCCUUUGGGCUACCUCCGCCUCCGCCUCCGCCGCCGCCGCCGCCUCCCCCGCCGCCCCGUGCUCCAACGCGGGCUCCCCAAUUUGGCCGCCCCCGCCUUCCCCGACCCCUUCCAGGUCGCCUCCGGGUCCGAUCCCGCCUUCCCCUUCCCCAGCCUGGACCACCACCACGCGUCCGGCGGCGGCGGGUUCCGCUUCGGCGGGUUCGGCGGCGGCGAGUUCGACUCCGACGAGUGGAUGGAGAGCCUGAUGGGGAGCGGGGACUCCACCCCGGUGAGCUCCAGCUUGCCCUCCGCCUGCGACGCGUCGGCGUGGCCGAAUGCCGCGGCCGAUUUCGGGCUCUACUCCGCCGAUCCCUUCGCCGCCUGCCCGAGCCGGCUCGGGAGCUCGGACCUCAACCGGGUCGUUAGCCCCACUUGGGGGCCUGCCACGGCGCCGACGCCUCCGCCGCCGCCGGCUGCGGAGGACUCCAAGCCGGCGAGGGUCUCGGCGUCGCCGCCCAGACAGCACAAGGGCGACGCGGCCACGGCCGCGGUCGGGACGUCUUCCGCUUCCGCUUCCGCUCCGCCGGAGACCGAGCCGUCGCAGCCGCUGCUGAAGGCCCUCCUCGACUGCGCCCGGGUCAGCGAGUCCGACCCGGAGCUGGCCGCGAAGACGCUGGCCCGGCUCCGGGAAUCGGCGUCGGAGCGCGGAGAUCCGGCGGAGAGAGUGGCGUUCUACUUCUCCGACGCCCUGCACAGCCGGCUCUCGCUCGACGGGAGCCCCAUCGCGUCGUCCACGUCGCCGGAGGAGUUCACGCUCUCGUACAAGGCCCUCAACGACGCCUGCCCGUACUCGAAGUUCGCCCACUUGACGGCGAACCAGGCAAUCCUCGAGGCCACCGAGAAGGCCAGCAAGAUCCACAUCGUCGACUUCGGGAUAGUCCAGGGAGUCCAGUGGGCGGCUCUGCUGCAAGCCCUCGCCACCCGCUCCACCGGAAAGCCCGACCGGAUCCGGAUCUCCGGCAUCCCCGCCCGGGCCCUCGGGGAGAACCCGGCGCCCUCCCUCCUCGCCACGGGCAACCGCCUCCGCGAGUUCGCGAAGCUCCUCGACCUCAACUUCGAGUUCGUCCCGAUCCUAGACCCGACCGAUUCCCUGGACGCCGCCAGCUUCCGGGUCGACCCAGACGAGGACCUCGCCGUCAAUUUCAUGCUCCAAUUGUACAACCUCCUGGGCGAGACCUCCGCCGCCGUCGACGCCGCGCUCCGGCUGUCCAAGUCCCUGGGCCCGAAGAUCGUCACGCUGGGCGAGUACGAGGCGUCCCUGAACCGCGCCCCGUACCCGGCCCGGUUCAAGAACGCGCUGGCCUACUACGCAGCGGUGUUCGAGUCCCUCGAGCCGAUGAGCCGCGACUCCCUGCAGCGGCGGGAGGUCGAGAGGCUGCUGCUGGGGCGGAGGAUCGUGCGCUCGGUCGGGCCGGAGGCGCCGCCGGGGACGGGGGCGGAGCGGGAGCGGAUGGAGGACAAGGAGCAAUGGAGGGCCCUGAUGGAGCGGGCCGGCUUCGAGGCGGUGCCGCUCAGCCACUACGCGGUGAGCCAGGCCAAGAUACUGCUGUGGAACUACAAGUACAGCGAGCUGUACUCGCUGCAGGAUUCCCCACCUGGGUUCCUCUCCCUGGCAUGGAACAAGGCGCCCCUCCUCACCGUGUCUGCGUGGCGCUAAUGGAGGAGGGAAGGUCUCUCCCCCUCCAUUUUUUUUUCCUUCUUAUUUUCUUCUGGUUUUUCUUUCUUCUUCUUCUUGGGUGGAGGAGGGGGCUUCAAGGGGUAUAUAGCGAAGUCCUUUUCAAAUGGGUAAUUUUUGUUCUUCUUGCUCUGCAUUCCUGUGUAAUUACAUAUCUUCUGGGUAAUGGCUUUGAUGAUGAUGAUGAUGAUGAUCCGCAAUUCGAUUAGCAGCGGGGGUGACUAGUUCAGAGCUUACAGUCAAAGAUUCAGGCGUGGAAACCUAAUCCUUGAGGUGUGAAAUCGAAAGAUGUUUCAUUUGGGAUUUUUACUUCGGUCCUUGGUUAGUUCCAGAAGUUGUUCUUCCCUUAGCUUGGAGUUUUACUUCUUCUUUCUUGCUGCCCUCCUUCUUCUUCUUGUUCUUGUUCUUCUUCUCUCUUCUGGGAUUUUGGGUUUAAUGUAGGUGAAAGCAAAUGUAAAAACGGGGACUUUGUGUACCCCCAAGAAUUGAAUUUAGGUUUUCUCUUUUUGUUUUUUUGGCUCGGGCUCGGUGUAAUUCUUCUGUACAUUAGUUUUUUGUCGUUUUCACUCGAUUUCUGUAGAUUGAAAACAUUGAAGCCAGCAGAUGGUGAAUACUGCUAACUGCUUAGAAAGAAGAAUUCAGGGUCGCUUGAAAGAUGCAUAA